UGGUUUGCAAAAUUUUGAAAUACGAAAUGUGUGUAGGGUUUGUUUAAAAACUGUGUGUGAUACUGUAUUAAAUGAUUUUGACCACAUACGUUAUAUGUAUGAAAACAUUACUCAAGUUAAGAUUCUGAUGAAUGAGAACUUACCUUGCAACAUAUGCACCAAAUGCCGAGAAGAACUAAUAAAGCAUUUUAACUUUAAAGAAAAAUGCUUAAAUAAUGAACAGUCCUUAAAAGAUUAUUUAAAAGAAUCCACAUCCCAGUCACCAUUGUCACAGCAUCAAACAAAUCCAGACGUAGAUAGUAUUUUGGAAUUAAAUUUGGAUGAUGCAUCAAAACAUUCUGUUGCCUUCAGUUUGAAUAAUGAAUCUGAAAGAAUAAAAGAUACACGGGCAAACCCAAAACCACGUAUGCAUAGUUUGCAAAGAAAUUUUCAUUCCUUCUCAAAGCUGUUGCUUCAUACAGAAGCACAUCCUACAGAUAAAUCAGUUCAAUGUAUAAAAUGUCCAAAACGAUUCGAGAGCUAUAAAGGACUUGUUAGACAUUUAAAAAAUCAUGAUGGUAGUCCAUUUCUUGUUACAGUUGCGGCAAAACAUUUUUAG